UCCAGUUCAAGUCCGGCGGCUGCACACGGCACCAAUCAUAAUCAAAACACGUGGACUGACUGAGAUAGAGUCUAGCAACAUGGCCGACACUGUGGGAAAGACGAUAACCUGCAAAGCAGCAGUGGCAUGGGAAGCCAAGAAACCCUUGACGAUGGAAACCAUCGAGGUGGCACCGCCCAAGGCAGGAGAAGUACGAGUAAAGGUUCUUGCUACUGGAGUGUGUCAUACAGAUGCCUACACACUGGACGGGUUCGACUCGGAGGGACUGUUCCCGGUUGUCCUCGGCCACGAGGGUGGAGGAAUAGUGGAGAGUGUGGGUGAAGGAGUCACGACUGUGAAGCCAGGCGACCAUGUUAUCCCAUGCUACAUCCCUCAGUGCUAUGACUGCAAGUUCUGCAAAAGCACCAAGACCAAUCUGUGCUCCAAGAUAAGAUCUACUCAAGGUGCUGGUGUAAUGCCCGAUGGUACGUCCAGGUUCACUUGUAAGGGGAAGCAACUCUACCACUUCAUGGGCACCAGCACAUUCAGUGAAUACACUGUAGUUGCUGAAAUAUCAGUUGCCAAGGUGGAUGAGCAGGCCCCCCUGGACAAAGUGUGCCUUCUGGGAUGUGGGAUAUCUACCGGAUACGGUGCUGCCCUCAACUCUGCUAAUGUUGAGGCUGGAUCGACUUGUGCUGUAUGGGGUCUUGGUGCUGUGGGUCUCGCUGUCAUCAUGGGAUGCAAGAAAGCAGGAGCCAGUCGUAUCAUCGGCAUUGACAUCAACCCAGACAAGUUUGAGAUUGCCAAGCAGUUUGGAGCUACAGAAUCAGUGAAUCCCAAAGAUCAUGACCGCCCCAUCCAGCAGGUUCUGGUGGAAAUGACUGACGGAGGUCUUGAUUAUACGUUUGAAUGUAUCGGCAGUGUGGCAACUAUGAGAGCAGCUCUGGAGUCUUGUCACAAGGGAUGGGGAGUGUCCACCGUCAUCGGCGUCGCCGCUGCUGGGCAGGAGAUCUCCACACGCCCAUUUCAACUGGUCACUGGACGUGUGUGGAAGGGGUCCGCUUUCGGGGGCUGGAAGAGUCGAGACAGCGUGCCCAGACUGGUGGAGGAGUACAUGAAGAAAGAGCUGAAGGUGGACGAGUUUGUCAGCUUCUCGUUUCCGCUGGAGGAAAUCAACACUGCCUUUGACUACAUGCACAGUGGCAAGAGUAUUCGCUCUGUGGUGAAGCUGAGCUAGAUGCAGCGAGUUUCCCAACAUCCUCGGGGACUACACGAGACUACACAGCAAGACUACACAACGUGACGACACUACAACUUCAUGGAAUUCCCUCCAUGGUCAACCAAUCAUCUUGUACAGAGAGAAGCAAUUGUGCAGUUUAAUGGUUAAUACGGCAAUAGGAUUCAAUGGAUCAAAGAAAUGUAUUUUGUAAUGAUUUUUAAAUGAUUCCACAACUUACGACUACAGGCAGAAAUUGUGUUUCUCAGUAUGGAUCGGUGGAACUUCUUUCUUACAACUGUACUCAAGAUGGAGUCGAUUAAAUUUCUUGAUUUCUUAAGAGUCA